CUCUUAAUAUAAGGGCUAGGGAAAUACAGUAUGAGAUGCUCAGUAGAAUUAUCUUCUUACGUGGUACAACAUGGAUUCCGCCAUUUGUAUCAUCCUUGUGUCCUGUCUUCUUGGCCGGGUACUUAGUGCCCCUCUUCAGGACACUGACUCCUCCUAUAAAAGUACUGAACAGGAGGAUUUCUUCGAAGAGGCUGAUGUUUUCAGCAGGAUCACUAAAGCCAAUGAAGUAAGCAGAGUGCCGAGGGUUCAUGGAGACAUCGCCAUUGGGGUCUCACGCAGCGCCCUCAACUGCAAGGAAUGCUUAUGGCCGAAAUCAGACGAGACAGUCUAUGUGCCGUACACAUUGGAUGAACAAUACAGUAGUGAUCAAAUCAACACAAUCACAUCGGCCAUGGAAGUGUACUCCACCCUGACCUGCGUGCAGUUUGUCCCUUACACUGAUGAAGAGGAUUAUAUCGCUAUAACAUCAGGCGAUGGCUGUUGGUCCUUCAUGGGACGGCAAGGAGGUGCCCAAGUGGUGUCCGUAGAGAAAGGUUACUGUACUUCCGAGGGGACAACCAUGCAUGAACUCAACCAUGCCCUGGGCUUUGUACAUGAGCACUCCAGGAGCGACCGGGAUAACUAUGUUAAUAUAAUGUAUCAGUACAUCUCAUCAGGUGAUGAUGUCAACUUUGAGAAAAUGGAAACCAACAACCUCGACACAACAUAUGACUACCGCUCUAUCAUGCAUUACCCAGCGUGGGCUUUCAGCAACACAACUGGACAAAACACUAUAGUGGCCAAGCCUAACCCCAAUGUAACAAUUGGAGCAGGAAACACAAUGACCAGCUUGGAUAUUAUAAAGAUAAACCGGCUCUAUGAGUGUGAUGUCUGUAGUUCUUUCCUUACUGAUGCCAACGGAACUGUCACCUCAGCCAAUUAUCCAUCCGCUUACCCCAAUAAUGCCAAGUGUGUGUGGGUCAUCCAGGCACCGUCCGAUUUGGUAACCCUGACGUUCGCUGCCUUUAAUCUCCAAUCUGCCCCAAACUGUGAAUCUGACUACAUUAGAGUUUAUGAUGGGCGCACCAGAACUUCCCCGCUGCUACUGGACAGAACCUGUGGGUCUGGAUCCGUUCCUGCACUGAUCUCCUCGUCAAAUAUGAUGUUAGUGGAGUUUGUCAGUGGUGAUAACAUUGAAGCGACUGGUUUCAGUGCCUCGUACACUACAGUGAAAUGUGGAGGCACUUAUUACACCCCAUCAAGGAACAUCACUUCCCCUGGAUACCCCAACAAUUACCCCCCUAACAGCAACUGUUCUUAUAUCAUUACUGCUCCACCUUCCCAUAAGGUCUCACUGAGCACGACCAAUUUCUAUACAGAAUUUAGCCGCACAUGUAGCUAUGAUUAUCUUUCUGUGUAUGAUGGGAAUUCCGCUAACGCACCCCUCCUGAAGACAUUCUGCGGACGCCAGUUCUCCUUUUCAACCACCUCCACUGGUCAGAACAUGUUCCUCAAGUUCUUUAGCGAUAAAUCAGUGCAAGUGACUGGCUUUGUGCUGACAUACAGUUUUGUGCCUAUAUCCUGAAGUUUUGAAUCUCAGCCAUAAAGCAGGGCAGGACUGCUGCUUACAAUGGGGAUAAGAUGGGAUCUGUGCCAUGAAGUAAUAAAUAUAAGUUAAUCAGUAGAAAGCAAUACACAUUGUUUUCAAGUAAUAUAUGUUAUUUAUAAUGAUAAUGUCUUAUAAAAUGUUCAAAUAAACCUUUUUUUUGGCACUAAA